GACAAAGGUUUUCCACCCAAACAUCAACAGCAAUGGUAGCAUUUGCCUCGACAUUUUGAAGGAACAGUGGAGCCCGGCACUUACAAUCUCCAAGGUAUUACUGUCAAUCUGUUCUCUGCUAACAGACCCUAAUCCUGAUGAUCCUUUGGUGCCGGAAAUUGCUCACAUGUACAAGACUGAUAGAAGCAAGUAUGAAACAACCGCCCGGAGCUGGACUCAAAAGUAUGCCAUGGGUUAGUUGCUGUGACCAUCUCUGGAGGGGCUCCUUUUCUUCUGUGGUAUUCUAUAUUAUGUAUUAUGUAUUAAGAAAUGGUGUUCUUAUGCAUAAUCAACUCAAGGGGAAAGGUUGAACAUGCCCCUCUUGUAACAAUUUGAUUUGCUGUUUGUUUGCAAGAAUCUAAUUGUUUUAAAACUGUAUGAUGGGUUCAAUUUAUGCGUCUUGACCCUUUGCAUCUGUA